CACUUAACGUAACGUAACGUGUUACGAAAAAGCUUGUGCGGUGGCUCUUACGAAAAAGCUUGUGCGGUAGCUCGCAGUUGGAGAGGCGAGGCGGCGCGGCGGCUCGAGCCGGUCGGCGCGGGACCGGGGCUCCUCACUGUUCGGCAAGCCGUGACUGCGUGUACUUGGCAGAGGACGAGCCCCAGAUACCGCGACAGUUACCGAAGACCUCAGGGACCAGGACUCCGUUCAUUAUUGUAAGGCCAGCACUCGGCAGCCAUCGAUUAAGUAAGUUUUUAAACGUUGUAUUACAACGAGAAGAAUGGCUUCUUCCAAAACUCAAAACAUGUGGAUGACAAUGGAGAAAGAAGAUCAGGGGAUGAUGGCAGUGUGGCCGGACGUUGUUCGCGAUAUUACGGAAAUGGUUACAGAUUUAAACAUUCCUGAUGUUGAUAAAUGGUUGGAAAAAGUAUUACACUAUAAUGUCCCAACAACAAAGAAAAUUUUGGGUUUAUCAUUAAUCUAUAUUUAUAAAUCGCUAGUACCUAAGGAACAACAGACAGAAGAUAAUAUUCGCUUAGUGCAAAUUUUAGCAUGGUGUGCGGAAAUGGCAUUAUCCAAUUUAGUCAUGAUCGACGACAUCAUGGAUCGAUCGUCAUUUCGUCGAGGCCAACCAUGUUGGUAUCGGUACAAUAAUAUUGGUUUAAUGGCAAUCAAUGAUGGUUUAUUAUUAGAGAGCGUUGUGUAUUAUUUAAUUAAAAAACAUUUUAAAGGAAAAGAAUGUUAUAUUAAUUUACUGGAAACAUACCAAGAUGCUAUUUUCAAGACACAACUAGGUCAGAGUUUAGAUAUGUACAUGAUUAAAUGCAACAAGAAGCCUAAUGACUUAAUAAAUCUGGAUCUAUUUACAAUGAAUCGAUGUAGAUUACUUGUUACAUAUAAAGCAUAUUUAAUAGUUGUACCAAUAUUCGCAGCAAUGCAUUUUGUUGGAAUAAAAGAUCCAGAGAUGUUCAAGGAAGCAAAAAACAUCGCGUUAGACAUUGGGUAUUUAAUACAAGCUCGAGAUGAUUAUUUAGCCUGCUAUGGAAGUUAUGAAACUAUCCAAAAAAUAAGUACUGAUAUAGAAGAAGGAAAAUGUUCGUGGGUAGUUGUUACGGCUCUUGAACGCGUCACUCCAGAACAGCGUAAAAUUUUAGAAGAAUGUUACGGAGUUUCGGAUCCAGAAAAAGUGAAACGCGUGAAACAGCUCUUCGCUGAUCUAGAUUUGCCGAACAUAUAUUCUAAACACGAAAAAGAGACAUAUAAUCAAAUAAAUGAACAAAUACAGCAACUAUCAUGUGGACUUCUACGCAAUUAUUUCUUUGAUUUUUUAGAAAAGAUUUGUCAGAGGGAGGAAUGUUGUUUUUAAACUGUCAAUUUAGAAACAUGUAUUUUUUUUCAAGGAAGGGUCUAACAUAGGUUAUUUAGGUCGGUAUAAUCUAUUUUCUUAUGUUUACACAAGUAAAAAAUCUUUGUUUUAAUUAAAGCUCGCAGAAAAUAAAUAUUUUGCGGUGCUUUCUAUGUCAGUAAUACAUAAUAGUAUAUGCUAUCAUAAAAGAAACAUUUUUAGAUUUAAUACAUAUUCAAAUCUUUUAAUUCAUUUUGUUUGAUUUUUUUGCAAACAGUACACGUUAAUAUUUUUUUUUAUCACUAUUGCAUUUUAUCGUAAUAUUUAUAUCGUAAUAGGUUGUGUUUAAUUCGGCGUUCAUCAUGAUGUUUGUAAGCAUUAUUUGUUCUUGUUUAACUUUAAGUACACGGAAAAAAUUUUAUAUCAAAUAUUACUAUGUACGAUAGACACGAUAGUAACUAUAGACUAUAAGAUAACAUUUUAGAGAGUUAUAUAUAGUGUGGCAAUUUAAUAAACAAUAAAAGUUUUAAUAAUUUUUUUCUUGA